AUGCGUGGCCCAUCCCACAUGCUGGUUCCAGUAGCUAGUCCCCACUUCUCCCUCGCAGCGGCUGCAGGCGCCUCAGCGGCGGCAGCACGGAAGAACACUGUUCCUAAGCCGCGGGUGCGGUACGUGCGUCCCAAAGAACCGGAGAAGCGUGAACAACUCUACGCAUACUACGCAGCAAAGGGUCUCCUCGCGGGAGAUGGGGAUGACGUCGCCAAGGGCACACAACCUUCUGCAUCUCCCGUUUCUUCUGAUACCAAUAAAGACGUCUCUGGUGGCGGUGAAGGCGCGGGUAUUGCCACUCUGACUGUUGUGGACAUCGAUGAAAAUGCCAAGAAGGGAAUUUGUGGCUGCCCUGCUGAUUCUGCAGAUGAAUCAAGCCCUGCCGAGGAAGGGCUGAGAGAGGCGAUACGUGCGCAGAUGCGUCCGUGUAGUACUUCGCCAUCGCGCCCCGACACGGCGAAGACAGAGAAGCGAAUGCUUGAAGAGCUGCAACACCUCGUAUGCAACUACGAGAAACAAUACAACCGUAAAUCUGGUGACUGGUCCCCACGGACCUUUACAGUACCGUCCUUGGCACCGCUCGUCCGAAACCCCUAUGACGACGAUGACGACGACAGUAAUGAAGCUGCUGUCGGGCGUCAGGAAGAGGCAUCCGACGCCACUGUGGAGGAGAGCAGCAACAGAACAGUGUCGCCGCUGCCACUGUUCAGGAGUCAGAACAGUAGGCGUAACGUGGAUAAGAUUGGGGGCUACUCAGGAAGCAGCUUUAGCAACAGCAGGGCGUCAACGCCGCUGCCGCUGCCGUCGCGUACGGCCGACGACGCCGACCCAGAGCUGGCGCUCACGCUAUCGACGCUGCGGGUAAACCCGCUCCUGGGCGAGGCAGAUAGCUCCUUGGAGGACGUGCUUGCACUACCGCAUGUAUUCCGCAGUGGCCUCGUGCGCGGCCGUGGCAGCACCCCGCACGGCACCCUUGCCACGGAGCAGGAGCGACGCUCGCAGUCUGUGCGACAUCACGUCCUGCAGGCCCUGAUGAGCCUCCCCGCCGCCGCGCCGACGCGGCACGACCAAGCUCAUCAUCUCACUGCUAUUAGCGGCUUUCGCGGCCACCCCUUCAAGGCAUUCACCGGCGUAUGCGAGACGCUGCUCGACGUACCGGUCGAAGCAAUGCCACAGAGUCACUUGACGCGACUCCUCGACUGUCUUGCGGAAGACCCGGCGCUGCAGCGCUGCGCGGAGGCCGCUGCGCGGCUGGUGACGUACGUCCUCAUGCACUCGCUCCCGGCGGAGCUCUACGAGGGUGACCCGGAGGAUUACCGCAAGCUGCGUGCACGCAACCGGUGUGCUGCGGACACCGGGUCCUCGCCAAUGGAGGCAUCGAGCGCCCAAACGGGGCGCGCGCGGACAUACUCACCGAGGCCGCAGUCACCGCCGCCCCAAAUGCUAUCGUCACACUCAGAGCGCCGUAAUGAUAAAAUGUUGGGGUCGCACCGAAGAAGAAGCGGGUCAUCACACGAGCCCGCAUCUGGCGCCACGGACCGGUACUUUCUCCACACAGAUUCUAUGUCGCUCACACAGGCUCUGCAGAGUGUGGCUCUGCGAAAGGGUUUCUGGCUUUCUUCCACAGUGCCGAUGAUGGUGCGUCCACCGCUCCACGCCUGCGGGCUGCCGCUGCGCACAGCGCGCGAAAUUGCUCUCUGGCAGCGUCCGCCUGGUGCCGCUGAUGCGGAGGUGGCGGUGCUCAACGACGAUAACGACGACGGCGGCGACGGCGGCGGUGGCGGCGGCGGCAGCAGCGGCGGCACUAUGAAUGUGACUGACGUCAAUGUAAACAUCGCAGCUGCCUAUACGAAACCCACGCCUGGGAGCGCAUCAGAAAAGCUGAAGCUCUUGUCACAGGAGGAGGCCGAUGACUGGCGCCCCAAGACGCUCGCACCGCUUCUCAUCAUUGCUUACGGUGGCUACGGUGUCGCGCCUUUUAGUACUAGAGAGCCGUCUUCUCAGUCGGCAGCGGAGGGGGAUAAGAGCUUUGCUGCUGCACUUGGUCGGGAUGCCUUUGCGGAGGAAAAUGAUACGAUCCUUUCCGCCAUGAACAAUUUUAUGCAUCCAGAGCCCGCGCUGCUGCCGCUACACUCCGUCAUGCAGGCCAUUUACCGCAGUGUGCGCCAGAAUCGGCUAAUGUGCGUGGAUGAGACAACCGCCGACAUCCCACCCGCUUUCCUUGAGCUACUAAUGGAUGUUGUGAAGAGUUACGAAUCUUUCUUUCAGUCUGUUCUGAGCAUGUCGUUCGAACCGGCGUCUGCACGCUCGUUUUUCGUGCACACGUACCGUGAGACCCUCUUGAGUUGGGCGGCUAUCGCGAUCUGUGAGGGUGCUAUUGGACACGCGACAGAGCGUGCCGGUCAUGGGCCCGCCAACGUGCGGUGGUCGGGUGACGCCGAGCCUGAGAAAUUCACAGAGGAGCAGCUUGAGGAGAUUGCACUCUCCGGUCUCGUCGAGAAGACGUUUCCGAAUAUGUCGCAGUGGGGCUACGAUGAACAGCUCUUCCUCCGCACCAUUGAAACACUCCGCUCCGUGGUGCUUGAGACCAUUGGCCGCGUGAAGGGUGAGCUGUACUACCUUAUCACAGGCGUUGAUAAGCGCGGAGCAGUGCUCGAGCAGUACCGCGAGCGACUCCGGCAAGGACGAGCGCUGCGAGCAGAAAUGCGGGCAAGGGCGGAAGAGCAGCUACAGGCACGACUGCCAGGCGGUGGCGGAGGAAGUAGUCAGGGACCGGCGCCGAGCGCCUCAGAAAUGCUGAACCAGAACCAUAGGGCUGCCACGCAGACGCUACCCGUUGUGCAGCAACUUAGUACAACAAUGCGAUCGACAACCACGGGCCGCCGCCGGCGCCGGCGGCGGCCCAACACUGCUUCGGACACCUUUAAUGGCGCUGCGACGUAUUCGACAUUUGAACACACACAUCUGGCACCCGCACUUCGGCCGUGGCAGCCAAGCUACAGCUAUCAUGCGGCACACCGCUACCUACAGGACGGGGCUUCGCACCAGGAGUACCUGUCGUCGGACUAUCGACCGGCGUCGGCACUCGUACAGGAAAGGGUGGAGAUUAUCUCUACAGAAGUCUCCCCGUUAGUGUCGCACUCGUAUUCUUCGAUGCAACGAAGACGUAGUGAGGCUUCCUGUACGGCGUCUGCGGUCGCCUCCGCCCCUGCGCAUGCCGGAGCCAAUAAUGAGCACCUGCCGCGGCGGUCGUCGUCUGCGUUCGCACGACGCUCGACGUGCUCACCAGAGCGACGAUCGGUUCGCCGACCGGUUGUUUCCGACGUCCCCGAGUAUCUUACCGUGCGGUCCGUACGGCGAGAGCUCGUGGCGCUGAAAUUUCGAGCCCGUCUACAACCAUCAACUGCGGUGACGCCAGAGGCAAACACUUCCAUCCAGGCUCCAAUGCCGGGUAUGGCACCAACAGUGACAGCGCAGGGCAACGCCGGGACGCCUGCCGACAUGAGUGCCAUGGUGAAUCGCUUGUCGCCCACGCCAUCACCAGGGCCAGCUGCGCCUAUAAUCGACACCCCAACACAAAAAGCUUCACUGAAUGAUCAGGAGGACGUGACACUGGCUGCUAUUGUCGGCUGUAAGCAGGCAGCCGCAGUGGCGCGACUGCGCAAGGCUUGUGAGAAUACCGCGCAGUUCCACCUCCACUGUUGUGACCCCGAAAGCAGCGGUGGAGGUGGCAAACACACUGGCGUGGUCGAGACACACUGGUACGCGGCGGGAAGUCUUGGAUUCUACGAGCGCCGUACCGUCGCCUGCAUCAAACGCACGCGCCAAGUUGCUGCGUUUGACUUGCACCACCUUUCCCCCAUCACGGCGCUGAGGAUGUGUAUGCGACGACCGGGCAUCAGCGACCAUGGCAANGCUGCGUUUGACUUGCACCACCUUUCCCCCAUCACGGCGCUGAGGAUGUGUAUGCGACGACCGGGCAUCAGCGACCAUGGCAAAGGCGGUGUUAGGGAAGAUCAAAAACGUCUUGUUCAUCCGCAAGAGCAGCAGCAACAACAACAUCAACCGCAAAAGCGUGAAGCGCUGAAGCCGAAGGAGCUACACUUGGGCGAGGCCAUGAUGCCAUGGACGCUAUAG